AUGCCAAAAUUUGGGUUUAGUAUCUUAGCGAUUCAGACCCUUUCAGCACGCUUACUCGAUUAUAUAUUAAAUUUAUUCACAAUACCACGAGUUUGUAAUAUUCAAGCAAUUUUAGAUUCUAUUGUAAAUUCGGAUUCAGAAUAUGUAAGAACUUCUCUAACAGCUCCUAUAUCAACCCAACGAAAAGAUAUAAGACGACGACAAGGUGACGGAAAAGAAAGCAUAGAAACUGAACCAGGUAUAGAAGGAGGAAGUGAAGAUAUAGCUAUAGACAAAAAUUUAGGCAAACUAAAUUUAGGGAAUCAUCAAUCAACUUCAGAAGAAGAUAUUGAAGAAAUUAUAGAGCUGUUAUUUUUACCAAAAAAGAAAUGUCGUAUGCAUUCAAAAUUUCAAGAUUCGAUGAAUAAAAGUAGUGAUGAAGAAGAGUUUGAAAAAAUAGAUGAAGAAUUAAACGAUAAAUUAGUUAAGAAAUUCAAUGAAGAAUCCGAUAAAGAAUCUAAUGAAGAAGCCGAAGAAAUAGAAGAAUUGAUGAAAGAGUCAGAUAAUGAAUUGGAUGAAGAAGAAUUAGAUAAACGAUCAGCAAAAGAAAAAAUUUAUAGUGAUAGUAAUGAAUUUGAAGACUAUUCUGCUCCAAAUAUUGAUAAUAAUAACCAGACUAGAUUUAAUCCUAAUGUUAAUCAGCCUUUGGAAUAUGAAUGGAUUCUGCUUUGGUUGCUAAAGUUUCAAUCUAGAUUUAAUUUAUCCGAAGCUGCUAUUGAUACUUUAAUUAAAUUUAUUUAUAUAAUAUUGGUUGAAAUAGGUGGUAAAAUUCAUUUUGGCCACUAUCCAAACUCAAUUCAUAUGGUUCGAAAAUAUUUUAAAAUUGGUAAAAACUUCAUGAAAUACGUUACAUAUCCAAAUUGCAGUAAAUUAUAUAGAAAGGAUGAUGUAGUCAGCUCACAAAAUAAUAAAAAGGAACUAGAAAUUAAAAAAUGUAAUCAUAUUGAAUUUCUGAAUAUAAUUGGCACUCGACAAAAAAAAACAUGUAAUUCUGCUCUAGCAGUUCAAAAAAAAUAUUUAAAAGAAAUUAAAAAUGAGGCAAUUUUAUUGUUUCUAGAUGGUGUUAUUUCUGAUAUCUAUAACAGUCAUGUUUGGAAAGAAUUUGAAGACAAACCAUCAAAUAGUGGCCAAUUUUUUAUACAUGAAACGGCUGAUUCACAUUUUGGUCUUUUGUUAAAUUUAGACUGGUUUCAGCCUUUUGCGUAA